ACGGGGAGCGAGUAGAACGUCGUGUCCCUCUGUGGUGCAGUGCGAACUCCCGUGCUCUUGAUCUGAAGGUGUAGAGUCAAAUAUGUGUUUCCUUGACGUUUAGUGCUUCGCCCACAAGAUGCAAAACCCGAGCCAUAACAACGUUGACGACAAAUUUGGGAUGAAUUUCGGCGGUUUUGAUCCCGAGCUCUUUUCCGGGCCUCACAUGGGAGGUCCCAUGGGUGGGAUGGGCAUCGGCAUGAAGAGGUCUGCCCACGACGCAGGGCUGGACCGCGAGCCCCUCGGGUUGUCCUCAGACGACGACUCGGACCUCCUCAAGAAGGACGACAAGAUGCACCCUUCGUCGAGCAACAGGGACGCGGUGCUGUCCCACCAGACCAACUUGGAGUCCCAGAGCCAGCCCAGCAAGCCCAGUCUGCUCCCCAACGGCAAAAAGACCAAAGGGCGCGUCAAAAUCAAGAUGGAAUUUAUCGACAACAAAUUGAGGAGAUACACCACGUUCUCCAAGAGGAAAACCGGCAUCAUGAAGAAGGCGUACGAGCUGUCGACGCUGACGGGGACGCAGGUGAUGCUGCUGGUGGCGAGCGAGACGGGCCACGUGUACACGUUCGCGACGCGGAAGCUGCAGCCGAUGAUCACGUCGGAGGCGGGCAAGGCGCUGAUCCAGACGUGCCUGAACUCGCCGGACCCGCCGCAGGUGUCGUCGCACCAGCACGACCAGCGCAUGUCGGCCACGGGCUACGAGGAGACGGAGCUCACCUACGCCGUCAACGAGGACGAGCACAAGGAAGGAGUGGGCCGCGAGGAAUACCUGGGUGGGGGGGCGUCCUCCAGCCCCUCCGACUCCUCCUCGCCGCCCACGCCCUCGGACACGCCCACCCCCGCCUCCGCAGGAGCCUCCGGAGGACCUGCGGGCGCCCCCUCGUCCUCGUCGGCGCCCUCGUCUGCCGCCCACGCCGCCGCCGCCGCCGCGAUGGUCACCCAGGCGCUCCCCGUUCAGCUCCCGCCCGGCCUCGUGCUCGCGCCCUCCGUGCCAGGCCUAAAAACUGUGACUGUUACAACUUCACAACACCAACAACAGCAGCAGAAUGUGCAACAGCAACAGCAACAGCAACAACAGCAACAGCAGCGCACCACAAGGACUACAACUGUUCAAGCAGGAGGCAGCAUGGUGGUGGGCGGGACGGGCGGCUCUGUGAUGUACGCGGCCGGCGGGGGCGUGGUGUACGCGACGCCCCACGGGUCCCUGCAGGAGGGGGGUGCCCCUGUGCUGCUCAACUUGCCCCAUGGCCUGCAGGUCACGCAUGACCAGAACGUCAGCGCCACCGGCCAGCUCGUCACGCUCCCGAUGGCUCUGACUUCAGCAGCACUGCAGCAGUCGGCAGCAGCAGUUGUCUCAGCCGCCUCAGCAGCAGCAGCAGCCGCGGCGGUGAACAGCAGGAGCAGUAACAGCAGCAGCGGCAGCAGUAGCAGCAGCAGCAAUAGCCAGGCCCUCCCGACGGACCUUUCGAUGCACAUCAAGCGCGAGAAGAGGCCGUAGGAGCCCCGUCGGGAAGCUCAAACCUGUGUGCCUUCAAGAGCGAUUCUCACCCCCCCCCCCUCGGGCGGCGUGGGAGAGGGCCCUGCGCCCGCUCCCCGCCCGCCCGCCCGCCCACGCUUCUCCUCUCCCCUCGGGCGCGGGAGCUCCCGCCCGAGAGUUUGUGGCAGUCCCUCUCUUGGCCUAUUUCAAACGGGUUUUGAAAUAGGGGAGUUAUUAGUUAUUUGUACAUCUUAGGUGUAUAGUAGUAUCACGUGUGAUUUUUUGAAAAUCAUUUGACCUAAAAUCAAAUUAUGAAUUAUAAAAGAUUGAUAGUACACGUCAGUGUUUGUUCGUUCAUUAACACACACACACACACACACACACACACACACACACACACACACA